AUGCUUUUGGAGCUGAAAUUUUUGAUUUAUUUAACUUUCUUAACAUAUUUGACAUUUUGUAAAUUAAUAAUUGAAGCUGAAGAAACAGAAAAAGAUGCUCGAAUAGUGUCAAAAGUGCUACAAGAUGUUGUGGAUGAAUAUAUCAUUAAACAACAUUUGCAACUUCAUUUAAUUAUGAUGGAAAAUUAUUCAUCUCAAUUGUCGAAUGUUUUUGAUCAUUUUGCUUCCAGCAACAAUGGAAAUUUUCAGUACAAUAUUGAAGUUUAUGACUUUAAAUAUCAACUUUGGAACUUAUUAAAAUCUAUUGUGGUUUUUGUUGAUUCGAUUGAAGACUUUGUGAUAUUUUCGCACAUGCAUCAGGUCUUUCAUAAUUCAUAUGAGCUAAUAAUCAUAAUUGUUUUUAUUCGGAACCUCACAUUUGUCGAUUUUAGUAAAUUCAUAGAAAUUAAUCAAAAAACUGUUACGUUAGUGAAUCCCAACUUUUAUUCCGGAUAUUUCAUUACAAACGAAGCUGAAACUAUAAUUUUAUCUACAACGGAGUGGUUUCGUUUUGAAGCGUGUGAUGAUCAAUACUUAAAAAAAGUCAACAUUUUUGACAAGAAACUAAUGAAAUGGGAAACAAAACUGAAUUUUGAAGAAAAAUUUAUGAGUUUUUAUGGAUGUGAACUUGGGUUGAUGCUCCCAAUCAAUAAAGAUCAAGAUUUACCUGAACAUCCAUCAGGAUAUGCUCAAUUUGAUACAAAGAAUGAUACUUUCCGGGUUCACGGUGUGGUUCCAUUGAUUUUCGAAAUUGCAGCUCAAUAUCACAACUUUUCUGAUGUGCAUAUUCCAGCUUUUAUGUCUGUGAACUGGUUUGACAAAACAAGAAAUUCAUAUAACGAUUUAAAAUUACUUGAGAAUUCAUCAGUUUCAAAUCUUUAUUUCGAAUUAAUUGGUUCCGAUUAUUUGCACAUUUUUGAGUUUAAUUUGCAGUCGUCAAUGGAUGUUACUAACAAAAAGAUUCAAAUAUUUAUUAGAAAAAUUGAUGACUAUUCACAAUUGGACAUAUUAUGUUUCAUCUUUGCACCACAAACAUGGAUUCUUUUAAGUCUUUCGACUUUAUUAAUUUGCCUUGUUGUUUAUUUUACGAACAAAAUGGUUAAAAACAAAAGUAACUUACAUUUUAAGCAUACAGUUGUAACUUCAACAUGGAUUGUAUUCGCAAUACUUUUCGGAAUGCCUCAGAAAAGACUUUCUAAGAAGAAAUGGAUGAGAUUCAUAUUGAUGGCAUUUGUAGCUUUAUGCUUAUUCUUUCGAAUGAGUUUUCAGAGUGGAUUGUUUGGAUUCAUGACAAAAAAGCUUGAACGUCAGCCUUUUAAGACUAUUGAUAAUCUGAUUGACAAUGGAUAUGAGUUUUAUGCAGUUGACCAAACUCCUUAUUUUAUAAUUGAUCCUUAUUCGAUUAGCAAAUCGAAGCAACGGCCAAACAUCACUAAGGUUGAUGUUUUCGCCUUUCAGGAAUUACUCACUACACAACAACAGAAUUCUUCAGACAAAAUUGCUUUAUUUAUGGAUAAUUUCAUUCAAGAAUCAACAAAUUUUGAUCGAUUUAGGAACGAGUGGAAUCCAAUUGAGGAAGAUGUAAGCAUAAACCAAGUUUUUGUAUUCAAAAGUUCAACUUACUACCUGCUGAUAACAACAAUUGAUAAUUUGAUUACGAAUGGAAUUAUAAAGUAUUUGAUCGAUCGUCUCGACGAUGCGCAUUGGAUGUCUAGAAAAACUGAACUUGUACCAAAAAUAUUGGAUUUAUGGGAUUUCAUUUACUGUUUUGGAAUUUAUUUAGUUCUUUGUAUAAUGUCAAUUAUUGCAUUUAUUAUUGAGUUGAAAAGACCACCUGAAUAUGUGCCUGAUCAUCGGAAGUUAAAGUUUGCUAAAGUUCAUCCAACUGAUGAUGAAGGUAUUCGAGAUCACAUUCAAUUAAAGAAGAAAUUUAUCAAUCAUUUUCAAAUUAAGCAUUCGUCACAAGAACAACCUGCUUCAAUUAAGCUAGCUGCUGUAGAGUUAUCAUUAGCUCCAAUGGAAUAUCCUUGCUCAUCAUUACCAUUAAAAGAUUUUUAA